AUUAAGAAGCACAUACAAAUACAAUAACAUUCAGAAAAAACUCAGUUACUUGAGGAUAAUAACUAGUUGCUCUGCUUCCAUGGCUUGCAACAUUGUACGAGGUUUCUCUUUACUCAUUUUCUUAAUCACUCUUGGCACUUUCUCAUCUUUUCUACCAAUUACCACGGCCCAAGGAUUCAAAAUAGAAGAAGCAACAGUUUAUGAUCUCCAAUUUGCUUUCCAAAGAAACCAAUUAACCUCAAGGCAAUUGGUUGAGUUCUACCACAAACAAAUACAAACCCAAAACCCAGUUCUUAAAGGGGUGUUGGAGUUGAACCCAGAUGCACUAUCACAAGCUGACAAAGCUGAUCAAGAGAGAAAGGCUAAGGCACCAGGGUCUCUUUCACCGUUGCAUGGAAUACCCAUUUUGCUUAAGGAUAACAUUGCUACCAAAGACAAGCUGAACACCACUGCAGGCUCUUUUGCACUUUUAGGUUCUGUGGUGCCUAGAGAUGCAGGUGUAGUUACCAGGUUAAGAAAAUCUGGGGCUAUCAUUUUAGGGAAGGCCACCCUUAGUGAGUGGUCUUAUUACAGGUCGAAUGCAGCCCCUAGUGGUUGGAGUGCCAGAGGAGGACAUGGAAAGAAUCCAUAUAAUUUGGGUAAUCCCUGCGGAUCUAGUAGUGGACCAGCAAUAUCAGUGGCAGCAAAUUUGGUGGCAGUGUCUCUUGGUAGUGAGACUGAUGGGUCCAUUUUAUGCCCUUCAGGUUCUAACUCAGUAGUGGGCAUUAAACCAACAGUUGGUCUCACUAGUAGAGCAGGGGUUGUUCCGAUCAGCCCAAGACAAGACACAAUUGGGCCAAUUUGCAGGACUGUAUCAGAUGCUGCUCUCGUUCUUGAAACCAUCGCAGGCAUCGACAUCAAUGAUAAGGCAACAAUCAAAGCAUCAAAUUAUGUCCCAAAAGGUGGCUAUGCUCAAUUUCUAAAGAAAGAUGGACUGAGAGGAAAGAGAUUAGGAGUCGUGAGAGAUUUUUACGGUUUUGAAAAGGGUACUUUACAACAUGAAACUUUCGAGCUGCACUUCAAAACAUUAAGGCAAAAAGGAGCAGUUGUGCUUGACAAUUUGAAGAUAGAAAACCUUGAUGAAAUCCUUAAUGAUCAAAGUGAAUCGUUUGCAAUGGGAUUUGAAUUCAAAUUAUCCUUGAACAGCUACCUCAGAGACUUAGUUGCUUCCCCAGUGAGAAGCUUAGAUGAUGUGAUAGCCUUCAACAAAAAACACUCAAAAUUGGAGAAACUUGAGGAGUAUGGUCAAGAUCUCAUGUUGAUUGCCCAGAAGUUAAAAGGAAUUGGGACACUGAAGGAAGCAGUAUUAAACAUGUCAAGAUUGUCACACAUUGGAUUUGAGAAAUUAAUGAUAACAAAUAAACUUGAUGCUGUGGUAGCACCUUUUUCAUUCUUUGGUUCUAUACUUGCCAUUGGAGGUUAUCCUGGAGUAAGUGUUCCAGCAGGAUAUGAGAAGGGUGCACCAUUUGGGAUUAUCUUUGGAGGUUUGAAAGGCUCAGAACCAAAGCUGAUCGAAAUCGCUUACUCCUUUGAGCAAGCAACUAUGAUCAGGAAGCCCCCACCAGUCCGAAAGUCAAAGGUUUAGACUCAUUACAAUAGUGCUUUACUGUUAAAAAGAUGGUCAGAAUUUUGAUGGAAUACCCAAGUGUUUGUUUAAUGAUGACUAGACUAGCAGUAAAUAAGUAUGUCACAUCCUUCUAUCAAAAAUUUCUGACAAAAACUAUCGCAAUGGGAUAAGCAAUCAAUAAGUUCAUUGCAGUUUUGAACUUGUAUUAUGCUUUCACAAUGAAAAAAAUCCAAAUUCUGAAGAA